UGCAAACAAACGGGACUGCAUUGCACCGGAAAGCCUCCAUGCGGCACAGAAAGCCGUCCGCAGGACCCCCCCCACCGCCCCAGCGAUGCCUCUUCGUCCUGCCUCGGGGGCCCGGUGCACUCCUCCCAGCCCCAGUCCUCAGGGGCUCCCCUGAGCCCCGCCCUGUGGCUGAGCCCCAUGGAGGGCAUGGGGCCGGUGGGCCGGGGGCGGCCGCAGCGGGUGAGCGUGCAGGAGCACAUGGCCAUCGACGUGAACCCCGGGCCCAUCCGGCCCAUCCACCUCAUUUCCCACCACUUCCCGCGCUUCUCUCCCUUCGCUGAGCCUGCCCGGGGGAUCCCGGCCCCCACCAGCCAUCCUGCGCCCCAGCCACAGCCUGACCCGGAGCCAGAGGGAGACUCGGACGACAGCACUGCCCUGGGCACCCUGGAGUUCACGCUUCUUUUUGACGCGGACAACAGUGCCCUGCACUGCACAGUUCAUUGUGCCAAGGGCCUCAAGCCACUGGCCUCGGGCUCCGUGGACACCUACGUCAAGGCCAAUCUGCUGCCAGGGCCCAGCAAGGCCAGCCAGCUUCGGACACGCACCAUCCGGGGCACGCGGGCACCUGUCUGGGAGGAGACACUCACCUACCACGGCUUCACCCGCCAGGAUGCCAGGCACAAGACCCUGCGGCUGUGCGUGUGUGAAGACCCCCGCCUGCGGCCCCGGCGCCGCCCACCUCCCCUGGGGGAGCUGCGGGUGCCCCUGAGGAAGCUGGCGCCCAACCGAGCCUGGAGCUUUGACGUCUGUCUGGAGACGCGCCGGCUGGCCAAGAGGCCCAAGAGCCUGGACACCACCCGGGGCAUGUCCCUGUAUGAGGAGGUGGAGGCAGAGGUGGCCUGGGAGGAGCGCGGACGCAUCCUGCUGUCCCUGUGCUACAGCUCACAGCGGGGCGGCCUGCUGGUGGGUGUGCUGCGCUGUGCCCACCUCGCCCCCAUGGACGCCAACGGCUACUCAGACCCCUUUGUGCGCCUCUUCCUGCAUCCAAACCCGGGGAAGAAGUCUAAAUACAAGACCAGUGUUCGCAGGAAGACCCUGAACCCCGAGUUCAACGAGGAAUUCUUCUACGCAGGCGCCCGGGAGGAGCUGCUGCAGAAGACACUGCUGGUGUCCGUGUGGGACUACGACCUGGGCACGGCCGACGACUUCAUUGGUGGGGUGCAGCUGAGCAGCCGAGCCAGUGGGGAGCGCCUGUGGCACUGGCGCGAGUGUCUGGGCCGCAGCGACCACCGGCUGGAGCUGUGGCACCCACUGGAUGGCACGCCCCCCCAGCUCGGCGACUAGCCUGGAGGCUGGCCCCCAGGCGCCGGGACACCUCGGGCUGAGCAGAGCCCAGGGCCUGCCUCUCCCACCGCCCCAGCCCCCGUCCCGUCCCCAGGGUGUUUCUUCUCCCCACCCCAACCACGAAACCAAAAUAAACAUCC